CACGCGCGUUCUCAGUGACGUCACUGCGGUUUGUGUAUAAAAGCGCGGGAAUGGGCGGGCUAACCGACAUAGCGUUUGUGAGAGAAACUAACAAUGGUGCAACUUUCUAAAACUGGAGCGAGAGACACGCUCAAAGCUGGCCAUCCUCCCGCAGUGAAAGCUGGAGGGAAAAGAGUGGUAAAGAAGAGUGGUGAUGAUAACGCCAAUGUGGAGAAGGAGACCAAGAAAGUGGAUAAAGCCAGGUCCCUGCCGACCCCUUCCAGAAUGCAGCACUUGAGUCUUCUCCUGGCUGGUCCGCUUGAGAAGCUGGGUCAUGAUUUUCCUGAGACUCCCGUUUCUGUGCGCCACAGCAGAGUCAGACCGAGUGUGGAGAAACCUCACGUCCCUCGCCUCUCCAUCUGCAUUCAACAGCCACGCAAAUUUUGAGCCAAAAUAGCUUUCGCUGCUGAGCUUCUGACAACAUGACAUGCGAGAGACAACCAGGAUGUGUUUUUGUAGGUGAAUCAUGGAUGUGACUUGCUAGUAGACUUGUUACAAAGUUACUGUAAUGUGACCUCUGAUCAGCUUGCUUGUUGUAGCUUUGCAGCUUCGAAGGUAUUUCUUCAUGAAUAGUUUGUGCUUGAGCUGUGUGGAAGAUUAAUUAACCCAGUGUGAAUUAAAGCUGUGCUGUUGAAAAUG